AACGGUUCGGCUGGGGUUGGGCCAACCGUCAACAUAUCAACCAUUUUUGUUUCGUUUUUAUGUUUUCUAAAUAACUAAUGCGUUACAUAUGAUGUUAAUUCAAAUGGCUGGGUUGGUUAACCGGUCAAAAGUGAGCCAGCUUAAAAUGGAAAAUUUUAACAUGCGGGUUAACCGAACAACACACUUUUGGAAAUCUUAUAGACACUGUAAGCAUUUUAGUUACGGUUUAAAAAGCUAGGCCAAACACCCCCUUAGUGAUAAAGAACCUUUUAGGUUCCCGAAAAUGCCCAAUAGCCAUCUCUGCGUCCAAGUUCAUCUUAAUUUGUGUAGUUUCAUGCUUAAUUUGUACGCGUUUGUACGCAAGGAUGCAUCGGAUUCAAAUAACAAUGAAGGAAAGAGCGACACGAGUUCUGAGUUAGGUGAACCGAUUAAUCUCAAGGCUGCAUCGGAUUCAAAUAACGAUGAAGGAAAGAGCGACACGAGUUCUGAUUUAGGUGAACCGAUUAAUCUCAAGGCUUUAUCGGAUUCAAAUAACGAUGAAGGAAAGAGCGACACGAGUUCUGAGUUAGGUGAACCGAUUAAUCUCAAGGCUGCAUCGGAUUCAGAUAACGAUAACGAUGAAGGAAAGAGCAACACGAGUUCUGAGUUAGGUGAACCGAUUACUCUCAAGGUAAUGGGGAUUUCCGUGUCAUCAGUAUGCAUUUCUGUUCACAUCGGUCAAGCCGGAAUCCAAGUCGGCAACUCACGCUGGAAGCUCUAUUGUCUCGAACAUUAUGCAGUGAUUUUGACCAACGUAAGCAUGGUGGAUUCAACACUUUGAUACCUUUAAGAAGGGGCAAAGAAGGCCGCCAAGCAACAAAGAAGGGGCAAGAAUAUGCUGGAGAUAUGUGGCAACAUUGUAAGUUUCAUUCGCAUGGGAAUAUUUGAACAUUAUUCUUUUAUAUAUCUAUAUUGGUAGCAUUCUCUUAAUUGAUAAUGUGUAUGUUAAAUAAAAUUCCAUUUGAUACGUCUAAGCAACAAGAUUUCUUUGUUUUUCAAGUUAUAAUGUACAAAGAUUUGUAAAGUAAAAGAAUUCACAUUUGUUUCUGAAUUGUUUUCUUUUAAAAAGAGAUCUAUUAUGGA